AUGCGCUGCCCAAUCCUCCGGCCAGCCCGCUUCCCGGCCUGCCCCGCGUCACGCGGCCCGGUCCGCCCCAAGCUCCCGCUCGCGCAGCAGCCCGCGGAGCACGCGCCACGCCCCUGCCACCGGGCCCCACUCGCCCGCUCCGCCAGCGCCCGCGUCCUCCCGCUGCAGCCCGGCCCCACACGCCAGCUCCACCCACUCGCUGCCAGCCCGGGCCCGCUCGCCAGGUCUGUCCUCCUCCUUCCCCGCUCGCACAACCGCCCGCCCGCGAUCACGGCCGCGAUUCCCGCCGGCCUCUCCCUGGGCGCGCCUCCCCAAGAUGCCCGGGGCCUCCCUUUAUUUGGCCCGCAGCCCUGCGCCUCCACCAUCCCUCCCACCCGCCGUCACCAGAGCCGCCCCCAAACCCUAGCUCGCUGCGCCACGCCCUGCUCCGCCGGGCCGACAAUUUGCGCCGCCGUGAGCACGCCGCCCCGUCGCACCUCAGGCCGCCAGGACUCCCGCACCUGCUACGCCUCGGCGCCCAGGAUCUCACCGAGCUUCCGGUCCCACGAGUUCAGCCACGCCAGCGCCGGGAUUUCGCCUAGCCUCCGCCGCAGGUGA